GCCCCAGGUCCUCAAGCGGCAGGUUGGGUGCGGACCAUGGCCUCUCACAAGCUGCUGGUACCCCCGCCCAAGGCCCUGCUCAAGCCCCUCUCCAUCCCCAACCGGCUCCUAAUGGGGCCCGGUCCCUCCAACCUGCCUCCUCGCACCAUGGCAGCCGGGGGGCUGCAGAUGAUCGGGCCCAUGAACAAGGAUAUGUACCAGAUCAUGGACGAGAUCAAGGAAGGCAUCCAGUACGUGUUCCAGACCAGGAACCCACUCACACUGGUCAUCUCUGGCUCGGGACACUGUGCCCUGGAGGCCGCCCUGGUCAAUGUGCUGGAGCCUGGGGACUCCUUCCUGGUUGGGGCCAAUGGCAUUUGGGGGCAGCGAGCCGUGGACAUCGGGGAGCGCAUGGGAGCCCGAGUGCACCCGAUGACCAAGGACCCUGGAGGCCAUUACACCCUGCAGGAGGUGGAGGAGGGCCUGGCCCGGCACAAGCCAGUACUGCUGUUCUUAACCCACGGGGAGUCGUCCACCGGCGUGCUGCAGCCCCUCGACGGCUUCGGGGAACUCUGCCACAGGUACAAGUGCCUGCUCCUGGUGGAUUCGGUGGUGUCCCUGGGUGGGACCCCCCUUUACAUGGACCAGCAAGGCAUCGACAUCCUGUACUCGGGUUCCCAGAAGGCCCUGAACGCCCCUCCAGGGACCUCGCUCAUCUCCUUCAGUGACAAGGCCAAAAAGAAGAUGUACUCCCGCAAGACGAAGCCCUUCUCCUUCUACCUGGACAUCAAGUGGCUGGCCAACUUCUGGGGCUGUGACGACCAGCCCAGGAUGUACCAUCACACGAUCCCUGUCAUCAGCCUGUACAGCCUGAGAGAGAGCCUGGCCCUCAUUGCGGAACAGGGCCUGGAGAACAGCUGGCACCAGCACCGCGAGGCCGCGGCAUAUCUGCAUGGGCGCCUGCAGGCACUGGGGCUGCAGCUCUUCGUGAAGGACCCAGCGCUCCGGCUGCCCACCGUCACUGCUGUGGCUGUGCCCGCUGGCUAUGACUGGAGAGACAUCGUCAGCUACGUCAUGGACCACUUCGACAUUGAGAUCAUGGGUGGCCUUGGGCCCUCCACGGGGAAGGUGCUGCGGAUCGGCCUGCUGGGCUGCAACGCCACCCGCGAGAAUGUGGACCACGUGAUAGAUGCCCUGAGGGCGGCCCUGCAGCACUGUCCCAAGAAGAAGCUGUGACCUGCCCGCUGGCACACACCUGGCGCUGGCACACACCUGGCCCAUGCCCACCCCGAGGGAUCAGGAGGAUCAGGAGCAAACAGACCCUGCAAGGUCCUCCAGGCCUGGGGACAGGAAAGCCAGUGACCCAGCCCAGGAGGCAGAACCUGGCAGCCUCCCUGGCCCCAGG